CGACAUGGUACCGCCAGUGUUUUACAUUUCUAGCGUUUUACAAAGCUAACUCUUACAUUUUAGAUGAUUUUGUCAGUUAAACAUCGUACGGAACAUUUAGAUUUAGUUUCAUAGGUCCAUAGAGCGUUUUAAUUACAAGCUGUGUGAUAGCGUCGUUCAGACCGCUACGUCUAAUUAUUCAUACUUCAACUGACAUAUUCCUACACGAACCUUAUGUAUUUAUAUUUGUGUGUGCCAAGACAAGCGUACGAUAACAUUGUAUGUGUGUGAGUCAACAAUGCAUACAUAACAAAGCAUAAAGUGAUUUAAGAUUGAUAGUAAACUGUCAGCACCGCCACUUCCUGAGUUUAGGGAAGGGGCUUGGUCCCGUGCCUGCGCCCCGCGAACGCGCAUCAAAUUAGCAUCGAUGAAGUUUGUGCGAACAUGGCGGAUUUCCUGCCGACCAGGUCCGUGUUAAAAGUUUGUCUACCCGUCUGCUUGCUAAACGGCGGCGAGGUGGAACAGCUUCGAAGGUCCAAGGAGAUCGACAGAUGUCUCUCCCGGGAGAAAACGUACGUGAAACGGCUGGUGAAGAUCCUGCUGCUCGGCGCUGGCGAGAGCGGCAAGUCGACUUUCCUCAAACAAAUGCGGAUCAUCCACGGCCAGGACUUCGACCAGCAAGCCCGAGAGGACUUCAGAGCCACAAUUUACAGCAAUGUUAUCAAAGGUGUACGUGUGUUGGUGGACGCCCGGGAGAAGCUGCACAUCCCAUGGGGUAACCCGGACAACCAGAGGCACGGGGACAGCCUGAUGGCGUUCGACACCCGGUCGGCCAAGAUGGCCAGUGGGCAGCUGGAGACGACCGUCUUCUUGCGGUACUUGUCCGCCAUCACAGCUCUGUGGGCCGACUCGGGUAUACAGUACGCCUAUGAUCGUCGUAGGGAGUUUCAGCUGGGUGAGUCAGUGAAGUAUUUCUUGGAUAAUCUGGAUAAGCUUGGCGAGCCGGAGUAUCUUCCCACUCAGCAGGACAUCCUGCUGGCUCGUAAACCCACCAAGGGCAUCCACGAGUAUGACUUUGAGAUCAAGAGCGUUCCCUUCAAGAUGGUGGACGUGGGAGGGCAGCGGUCAGAGCGGAGGCGCUGGUUUGAGUGUUUUGACUCGGUCACCUCCAUCCUCUUCCUCGUCUCCUCCUCUGAAUACGACCAGGUGCUGAUGGAGGACAGGCAGACCAACCGGCUGCGUGAAUCGCUCGACAUCUUCGAGACCAUCGUCAACAACCGCGUCUUCGUCAACGUUUCCAUCAUCCUCUUCCUCAACAAGACGGACCUGCUGGAGGAGAAGGUGAAGAGCGUUCCGCUCAAGGACUACUUUCCCGAGUACACUGGGCAGGAGCACAACCUGCCAGACGUCCAGGCGUUCAUGGUGGAGUGCUUCCGGGCCAAGAGACGCGAUGCCACCCAGAAGCCCCUCUACCACCACUUCACCACGGCCAUCAACACGGAGAACAUCAGGCUGGUGUUCCGGGACGUCAAGGACACCAUCCUCCACGACAACCUCAAACAGCUCAUGCUCCAAUGACCCCCGUCAACCUGUGAAAAUAGACAAACCAGCCCCUCGCUCCUGACGAGGACUUGGGAGAGACCAGCCUCAGAAGAAUCCGAUGGACAUCAGCAUUCUUCUUCAGCCGUUUUUAGAUUAGUUUUUACUCUCGUCUUUGAAGAGUUAGCCUUCUUGUUAGUUUGGUAGGGGAACGAGUCAGUAUGGCAGACUGUCUGUGGUUAUAAAGAAAGACGAGCAGGCGGGUUGGAUAACAUCUGAUCUUUGCUGCUUCGUCUUGAGACUCUCUCCUCUGGCCUGAGCGCUGCCUUACAGCACAAGACUCGCUUUUCCACUCGCAAGGUGCCGGCAAUGUCAGCGCCUGGCUGUGGAAGCCAGCAAAACUUUUUUACAAACCGGGCAUAUGGUCUCUAAACCAGAUACACAACUUGCGAAGCAACAAAUACAGGAACAAAUGUUUAAACAUGUAAGCAAACGACAGAGUAAGAUGGUCAAAAUGUACCAAGAUCAGCUGUGCCAAGGUGGAUUUGCCAGUCUGUGUCCAAGCACUGAAUUUAUCUAUUCCAAAAAUCACUCCAUUAUUUCUGUUGCACCCUCCAGUACUGCUUUGUGAACGUUGUUUCAAAGCCCCUGUAGUUUAUAGAAGGGUUUGCCAACUUCCUGAGGAUCUGGAGACUGCACAAUUGUCCUUUUUUUCCUCAUAUUUCAGAAUCGUUCCUGCCGUCCCAGUCAUCACUUUUUCAUGGCCUCGAGAGUAGCCGGUUGAAAGUGCCGGCACAGAGCCAUUUUUGCCGGGGCAAGGACCAGAUCAUUUUUGCACGGAACGGUUCAUAGUCGAUGUUGAAAAGGGCUCCAGCACUGGCACCUUGUCUGUGGAAAAAUGCUAGAAAAGGGCCGCAAGACUGAACCUACAAUGCCUUUCCAUAUAAUGUCUUAUGUAGACCUAAUCACUGUUCAAAUCCUGCGUUUGUGCCUCUAUAGAAGUGAAGCCAAUCUUAGCUGUCUUCAACAGAUAAUUAAGACGCAAGUUGUCCUUUUUAGUUUUUGGUUCUUUAGGACAAAAUUACCUUAAAUGGCACAUUAGGCAGGCGCGCCAUCAAGUGAACAUGCAGUCCACUGUUUUCUCAGGUUUGAAUCAAAACCAGCGUUAAUGCUGAUAUUGUUGUUGGUGAACUAACUGAAUAAUUUAAUCUUAAUCUGGGUGGCAGAGCGAUGAGACUCAGCCGGGCCUCAGUACAUUUAGCUGGGUGGUGUUUGGUACUGUAUCCUCCUGGCUUUGACCCCUGAACGUUGACCCAGAAUCCCCCCCUCUCUCUCUUUGUUUUCAUCUCUGAUUAGAUGCCUUGUAAAGGGACACACCUCCCCUGUUUGCCUGAAUUAUGAAUGUCUGUUAAUAGAUGUACAGAGAUUUACUCUAGAUUGUCUAAAAAUACUGUAACCAACAUUGUAAACUGUAAUUUACCAAGUUGUGACUCCAGGCGUCUCUGAAAAAUCCUUUAAGGUUUGUUUGUGUUUUACAUGCCAUCUUGUCCCGUUUAGAAAUUCCCUUUUUAAAAAGAAAAAACAUUUUGAAUUUGUUGAAAACAAAUGUAGACAAAAAAAGCCACUUUAGUCAGACUAUUCUGUGGGGGGCCGAUCUUUGUUAGAGGACAACUUCCAGGCACUGUUAAAAUCUGUUUCUCUGCCAAAUCACCCCACGCUUUCACAUCGACAGUCUCUAGCUUUUCUCCUAAAAUAAUUAAGCUCCUGUGAGCUUCAAUUUGCUUCCAGUUCUGGCUUUGUACAUACUGUAAUCUGUUGCCAUGUAAAUAAUAUUCAGGUUUAUGUCCGUAUAUGUAAAUGGUUGUAGAAAUGGAGUAUGUUUUUUCCAUUCUGAUUGUGUUCCAAAUCACUGCUUUUCCAAUGAAGAUGGCCUUUUUUUGAUUUUGAUGUAUUUUUGUGUAAUUCUUUUCAUCUCCUUCUUGAAAUUCAUUCCUGUGCCAAGUCUCAUGCCACUCUAACCCUAUCAAUAAAAUACACUUUUCUAAUGAGA